GUGCAGUGUAUGGUGCUAACAUUAAAUUGGCAAGCAAAAUCGGGCAGAAUGUACUGUAUUAUUAAUUUUGUGUUAACCUCACAUGUGCAUUUAUCUCAUCACACUGGGAAGCAAUCUAGGGAGCUCACGAUGAGUCAUAGUGUUAUAUUUAGUGCUAUCGCGAAUAGGACGAUCAUGCAUGCUGAUCUGACCAUGCAUAUCGCUGCUCCCGGAGUCUCAAUUUGAAGCUACCUGAAGUUCUGUUUUGAAUGUGCCCUCGUGACGGGUGUGAAGCAUGCGCAUACGGACUAUAUUCGAACUGGUUCGUUUCGAACGAUCCAGUACAAAAAAUGUUCUCCAGUUUAAGGAAAAUCGUACAGGUCCUAUUAGAAUCAAAGAAAAUGACGCUAAGGAUUGCAGUACUGCUGGGUCUAUUAGGCCUCAUACUACUGACGCUUGCCGGUGUGAUUUGGAGCAUUGAAACGUUUACCGAGUGGUUGCUCCAAACGGGCACUAUUUCCUGGUUUCUUUCGUUUUUCCCGAAUCUCUUCACCAGAGUUGCGAUUGCUGCCGUUAAAGCCAUUCUGCUGCACUGGAUACCUAGCAGCCUCGUGUGGACAAUAAUUCAUGUCAAGUUACAAAGCAUUACAUUUUCGCACGUCCCAAACACCUCUACACUGGUGCUUGCCUUUGAAGAAAUCGUAUCCAUCUACCAAGACAUCACUACCAACGUAAGGUCGCUGACGAUUACGUUAGACAUCAGCUCAAACGUAUCACCAUGGAUCAUAAUAUCGAUCGUCGAGCCGUAUAUUUGCAAGAGUAUCUCCAACAGAAACACUGCACCCACACAGCCAACCGACUCAGCACCCGCUAGCGAACCUAAACCAAUCGAACCUCACUCAUGGCUGAGCACACUGCUGAACUACGAAAAUGGUGGCCUGUUGCAGGUUUUAUUGCGGAACGUAAAAUUCUGCGCGACGGACGGCACCAUGCGUGUGGUCGAUAGGACAAAGUCGUUCGAGUUUUAUGUUGAUGCUCAGGUGCAAGAGUUCGGACUACGGGAACAUCGAUCCAUCUCUGAAGAACUUACGUACACCAACGAUUAUAAGCUGCUGUACGUGAAAAAGUUAAACGCUAAGAUUUUUGUCAAAUCGGAUGCCAGUGCAACACUGCACUGUAGCUACUUUUCGCUGCACAUAGCCAACGCGGCUGGCAAACGUUUGCAACCGUACAGCAGUAACUCGUUGAACGUGCUGCUCGGUCGUCAGCAUUGGAUGUUCGACGUGUGGAUACAGUUAGCCGGAUUUUAUCUGGGAACGUACGAGCUAAACGAACACGUACAUCCUCGUGGUGAGAUACUGUUCGCACGACAGAUUGAGAUGAAGCUGAGCAACUUUAAAGAUACGGGAAAGUUACGGCUUUCGGUGGAGCUUCCGAUAUGCCUGGAGUAUAGCCCGGAGUUGGCCCGAUUCAUUGAAUGGGUGCUGCGCUGUAUGGCACACUAUCGACCACCUGUACCAACGGCCAAUCGCACCAGUGUCGUUCCCAUUCCAACCAAAGAGAAAACGUUUCCGGCAGCGCUCGACAUGGACAUUGACGUUACGCUGGGCAUGGUGUCGUGUUUGCUGUGGAACGAACACAACUCCUGUUUGCUGGUGAACUGGAAGCAGCUUACGAUGACAAAAGCGAACGGUGAAACGAAAAUUGAAAUCCAAACCACGACCCUGCAGCUGGGCGAUUAUGGCGAAUUUACCAACGUAGAGCAAGGCAAUGAGAAGCUAGUGGUGGAAAAAAUCGUAAUAACGCACGGGGAUGAUAAUCCUUACUUUCAGGAUUUGUUCGUUAACCUGAUCAAACCCAUCGUAACGUGGAACUCGGACGUGCAUCAGCACAUCAAGCAAAUGGUGAAGGAAAUGCAGAUAUUUGCAGCGCAACUAACGCCUCUGCUGCCACCACCGGCACAGCCCGGCAAAGGCAUACACGGUAGCAUUAUCUGUCACGACGUGCGCAUUCUCAUUCCCGUCACCAGUGUUGGCCCUACGGUGGAAGUAGCGAGCGGAAAAUUCACGCUCAGAGCCGCCGGAAAGCAGUCCCUGUCGAUGUGGGACACGGUCAUAUCGGCCGGUAUUGUAACCGUAGCGACGCAUAAGUUUCUUUGCAUCGAAUCGGAGGACAGCGAAACGAGGGGCGGCUGGAUAAUGACAACUUACGAUCGAGAUCCGUUUGAAAUUAAUAAAACGUCACUGUACAAUGUGGUGUUUAACGGCUUCUUACCGAUGUAUGAGUGGCUCAGGAAAUGGUGGUAAAACCAACGACGGCCACAAAUAGGAAGCACAAAAGAAGUACAAGUCGGACAUACACGCGGACAUUUCAUCCAUCGUGGAUAAUAGCAGAAACUGUGAGAAAGGUGUGAUCGAAAUCCGUCCGGAUCGUAUGACUAUCUAGCUAAGGGUCCUACGUAACUGAUAGGACACAAUUGUUAUCCGUAUGACACCGGUAUUUACUACUGUGCUUUUAAGAUGGAUUUUACCUUCGAACACGUCGUUUUCUAUUGUAACUGUAAUUGUAACUUGUCCUCCACUCGACAAAACCGAGCACCGGAUCGCCCUAUCGCGCCUAUCCGGAUACGAUGGACUGACUUUUCAGCUACGGGUAAAUUCAACGCGGGGAAGACAGAAAUUGGAAGACAGACUUCGCGAGAAGGUAGUGCCAAAUAAGAAUAAUAAAUUUAAUUUGUAAUAGACAUAUUCCAUGUGUGUGAGAGAAAGAGAGAGAGAGAAAAAAAGAGAGAUGACCUGCAGUACGUUUUUGUCAAAAAAAGUGUUUAAUAAAGUUGCUAUAAAAUGAUGGUACAAAUUAUUAAAAAAAUAAAGUUUAUUACUGAACCGUAACUUAUUAGCAUCAUAGUGCUAAUAUUUAUGUGCGUGCAUGAAUUAUGAUGGCAAUAUUAAAAGUAAAAUAUUACGAAUAAUAAUAUAUGCUACACAAAGUCAACAGGCAGCCUUCAAAUCCUUGAAUCCUUUAACCAGCUAUUAAGCAGCUUCCAAGCACCAUAUCACAUAUUAGUGUAAAUUUAAAUGAUUUACUAUUCAAAAUAUAAGCACUUAACGUUUCCAUAUUAAGGAGUUUGCUUUUACGGCUUCCUAUACAUUUUUCGAAACAGUAACAGAAAACAGGUUUAUAUUUACAAACAAAAAAAAAAGCUAAAACUCGAGGAGAUGUAUACAAAUGAUGUUCUAGUAAGUUGGGUAGAAUAAAAAUUGCAAGUCUUAUUAUUA